AAUAAUUUGGCGGGUAAACCGUGUGGUCAGCAGAAAAAAGUAAACAAAACGCUGUAAACAUGGGAAUCUUAGGUUUAUCAAAAUUACUUGGUGAUUAUGCCCCUUCUGCUAUGAAAGAAAAUGAAUUCAAGAAUUAUUUUGGUCGUAAAGUAGCUGUUGAUGCCUCCAUGUGCAUUUACCAGUUUCUCAUUGCUGUAAGACAAGAUGGAAGUAACUUGAUGAGUGAAGACGGUGAAACCACAAGCCACUUAAUGGGAAUGUUCUACAGAACCAUUCGUAUGGUAGAGAAUGGUAUUAAACCAGUCUAUGUAUUUGAUGGUAAACCACCAGAAAUGAAAUCAGGGGAGCUCGCAAAACGAAAGGAAAGAAGAGAAGAGGCACAGAAACAAUUAGAGAAAGCAGAGGAGGCUGGUGAUGAAGAGAACAUUGAAAAAUUCAACAGAAGAUUAGUAAAAGUAUCCAAACAGCAUAAUGAAGAUUGCAAAGAACUCUUAAAAUAUAUGGGAAUUCCAUAUAUUGAUGCCCCAGGUGAAGCGGAGGCUCAGUGUGCUGCCUUGGUGAAGGCUGGUAAGAUUUACGCCACAGGAACAGAAGAUAUGGAUGCUUUAACGUUUGGCACCAAUGUUCUGUUAAGGAACCUCACUGUUGCUGAGGCCAGGAAGUUGCCAAUCAAAGAGUAUCACUACAACAGAGUGCUAGAAGAAUUAGGACUAAACAAAGAUGAGUUUAUUGAUCUGUGUAUUUUACUGGGCUGUGACUACUGUGAUUCCAUUAGAGGUAUUGGUCCAAAGAGAGCCAUAGAUCUCAUCAAACAGUACAAGUCUAUAGAUGAAAUACUCAAACAUUUAGACUCCAAGAAAUACACAGUUCCUGAAGAUUGGAUGUAUAAGGAGGCCAGAAAAUUGUUUCAGGAACCAGAAGUGGCUGACCCUGAAGAACUAGAUAUUAAAUGGUCAGAGCCAGAUGAAGAAGGGUUGAUUGACUUCAUGGUAAACAAGAAAAAUUUCAGUGAGGACAGAAUUAGAAAUGGUAUAAAGAAGUUACAGAAAGCAAAACAAGGAACAACGCAGGGACGACUGGAUUCCUUCUUCAAUGUUGUCUCAACAUCAACAACAAAGCGAAAGCAAGAAGAACAGAAAGGGUCUGCAAAAAAGAAAGCAAAAAGUGGAUACAAACGACCCAAAUAAGACAUCUGUGUAGUGAGUUUGAUGAAAAGAGAUGCAAACAGCCCAAAUAAGACAUCUGUGUAGUGAGUUUGACAAAGGGAAUUUUAACAUGGAUCAUCUGUCUGUAGGAUUUAUUUAUUAUGAAUUUAUAUAAAAAAGAAAUUAAAGUGAAUAUUCAUGUACUUUCCUUGGAAUAACUUGCCGAAACUACCACAAGGAUACUUUACUGUGCAUUCCAUUAGUACAGUGUUUGGUGAAUUGGAUAAUCCUUCAAAAAAACAAAAAUUAAAAGUGAAAUGUAAAUUGUUUAAUGGUACAUUACUUCUGAUAAGAAAUAUGUAGAUAAAAUGAUAAGAGCUUAAAUGCUUUAAUUUGAAUAUACAUUUCCACUGUAUGCUAUGAACAGUUCAUCCGGACAGAGUACUUACAAACAUUUAAUACACAAAAAUGAUCUUUCUUUUGACCAUAUCAACAUUUACUAUGAAUGUUGAUGCACUAAUAGUGAUGUUUGUACUAGAAAUAGAAAAAUAAAGCAAGCAAAAACUA